GUUGUAAUUGCGCCAGUUUGGCGAAAAUUCUGAUUAAUAAGUAAUUUAUAAGUCAGGGUAUUCCUCAUACAAAUGAAUCGAUUGGAAAAAUCACGAUGUUGAUAAUAUUCGUGUGGUUUGGUUUGAAAUAGCAUCUCGAAAAUGCUUUCUCUCGAAAAAUUCGCGAUGUGUGGUUGAUUCUGUGUUGUGCGGUUUUUUGAUUUUUUUUUCUUCAAGAUGUUGAUUGGUUAUGAAGCUCGCGAUAUUGGACAUUAUUGGAAGAUAUUGCGCGGGAGUUUCGUUAUUAUCGCGGUUGUAUUCUCGUUCACCGGCACUUUUGCGUUCAACUUGGAUUUGAGUUCUCAUGUUACCUACAAUGGGCCACCAAAUUCCUCCUUUGGAUUCGCUGUAACAGGAUAUAUUGAUUACAGCAACACAAGCUUAGUACUCAUCGGAGCACCACAAGAUACAGACACACUCGAAGGAUCAAAUUAUACAGGUGGUGCUGUGUACAGCUGCGAUGCGGAUAAGCCGAAUAAGUGCCAAAAAGCCAAAUUUCCUGGUGGGCAGAAUUUAACAGGCGAGAAUCGAACACAACAAUGGCUAGGCGCAACUUUGACAAGUACUGGAUACAAGGGAAUCGUAGUGGCUUGUGCUCCAAGAUACUAUGUUAAAGAUAAUGAGUAUUCCAGCCCCACUGGACUUUGUUACUAUACACCAAACAACGGGCAAUUAGAUUUCAGCGAGAUUUACAGUCCUUGUCGAUAUCGUUCAGUAAAAGAUGCAAGUUAUUCAGGUUUAGGUUUCGGUCAGGCUGGUUUCAGUGCUUCGAUAGCAAAAGAUUCACUCAGAAUUUACGUAGGAGCAGUUGGCACUAAUAGUUGGAACGGCAUGGCGUUCGCAAGGAACGUCAAAGGUCUUCCUUUUGCGAGUAAUACCUCAAAGGAGAUGCCAAAUUCCACAGACUCAUACAUAGGAUAUUCCAUGACAAGUUUGAAUUUUUUUGAUAAAGGCAAAUUAGGCAUUGCAGUAGGCAUUCCAAGAGCGCUCGAAGUAUACGGACAGGUAGCAAUAUUCACACCACUUCUCGAACGAGUGAAGACUUUGAGUGGCCAAAAAUAUCCGGAUUAUUUUGGAUACUCGAUGUGUGCCUCAGACGUGGAUGGAGACGGAGCAGACGAUUUAAUCAUAGGAGCGCCAAUGCACGCUAAUGGAAAAAAUGAUAAGGAUUACGAAAUAGGGCGAAUUUACGUUUAUUAUCAAGGUAAAAUCACGUGUAAGAAAAUGGAUUCAAAAUGCGGAGAAAAAAUGUUCGCAAGAAACGAAACCAUAGAUGGAUUGGAAUCAGGAGCACGGUUUGGUUCAGCUUUAGCCUCGCUGGGUGACAUAAACAAGGACGGAUACGAAGAUAUUGCAGUGAGUGCUCCGUACCAAGGAUCUAACAAAAAUAAUAAUUGCACAAGUGCAACUCCGACGACAGGGGUUGUUUACAUUUACCUCGGUUCAGAAAACGGUCUGAGCGAAAAGCCUUCGCAAGUAAUCAAAGCUUCAGAUGUGGCUCACUUGCGAAAAACAUCUCAAUUAAGCGCCUUCGGUCAUUCAUUAUCUGGAGGAGUGGAUCUGGAUGAAAAUAAAUACCCUGAUUUGAUAGUCGGCGCAUACGAAUCUGAUGCAGUGUUUCUCUUCAAAUCUCGACCAGUAAUCAAUGUAACAGCGAGUCUUUCUUUUUUGGUUAAGAAAACAAAGCGUGGAAACGUUCCCUUGGAUAGGAAUACAUGUACUUCUGAGACGAAAAAUAAAAACUAUGCUUGUGUCAAGCUCAAAAUCUGCAUGCAGUACAGCGGUGUCGGCGUUGAAGAUCAAAUUGAUAUCUCCACAAACAUUACGCUCGAUACAAAAUAUGGAGAUACUUCCAGGAUGCGCUUCUACAAGACCAAAAAUAGCACCUUAAAAUUGCCUUUUCAGUUGACUAAAAACAAAAAAAAAUGCGAAAACGAAACAGUUUAUGUCGAUAAUAAAGACCCGGAUAUUGACGAAGUCACUCCCUUGGAAGCUUCCCUGGACUAUGAACUUGUUGAAUCGAAUAACAAGAACGCACUUUCCAGCAUACUAAAUUUCGGACCCAGAACUCUUACAGACAGCUUCAACAUUUCUAGGAACUGUGGCGAUGAUGAAAUCUGUCAUCCAAAUUUGAAUUUGACUAUUAUUCCGAACAUCACACAAUAUGAGCCACUUUCUAAAGUAGACUCCUUGAACCUUCAAGUAUUGGUGAAGAAUAACGGAGAAUAUUCGUAUAGGAGUCGGUUCAUUUUGCAAGUGCCAAAAGGCCUUGAAUUUUAUACUUAUGAAAACUCUCCUCUAACUGAUAAAUUCGCUAACUUGAUAAAUCUUGAUGGUGAAAACAUCACUUUCAGCAUUGGUAACCCUUUACCAGAAAACCAAAAGGUCAAUUUCAGUGUAAUCUUGCGCAUAAACAAGACUUUUGAAGGUCUGAGCUCCACGUUUCACUUUUGGGCUAAGGUGAACAGUAGCGAUCCGGAAAAAAAUGAGACUCUGAAAGAUAACAUAUUUUCGUUGGACAUUCCCAUCCGAGAGAUAGUCAAUAUACAGAUCAACAGCGCCACAAACGGUCCAGUUACCUAUAAUCCCUCGCAGUACAGGACGGAACCCGUUCGAAAAGAUACAGAUGCUGGACCGAAAGCUAUACAUCAAUAUAUCAUUAAAAAUUCAGGCACUGCAAACCUAAGUGAAGUCAGUGCGAUAUUUUUCUGGCCGGUGAAAUCAACGAAUGGUGGAGAUUUGUUGUAUCUAAUGGAGCAACCGCGGACUCAAGGUCCAAUUCAAUGCGAUUAUGUUACAAAUGUGAACUAUAAAAAUCUAACUAAAACACUUUCUUACAACGAUACAAUCACAUGGGCCAAUAAUAGUAAAUCAUAUUCAACUGAUGAUCCCAAACUGCAACGUUCCACAAAUCAAGCAUUUUCUAAAGAUACAUCCAACAAUACAGUUUCAAUUAAUGGCACAAAUCAUUUGUAUCAAAAAGUUCGAUGCACAAUCACAAAUUUAGCAAGAGAACAAAAUGUUUCAGUAUUAUUUCCAUCCGUUAUUUGGAUAGAAACAAUUAAAAAGAUUGCAGGUUUGAGAUACAAGUCCAUUGAAAUCGGCUCUUGGGUUGAAGUAAAUGUCACCAAGUUACCACGAACGGUUACAAAAAUAUCCGAGAAGCCAUACCGCAAAGAAGCAAUAACUACUAUCGAAUUGACCAAGUCUCUUAAACCUGAUGUGAUUCCUCUGUGGAUUGUUGUCGGAUCGUCUGUCGUGGGUGUUCUCAUAUUAAUGUCAAUGAUCUAUGGCUUGUAUAAGUUGGGUUUCUUCGAGAGAAAUCGUCCCCCGACAUCUCCAACAGCAGAAAACCCCAACAUUGAUGAUUUUACGUCAGACGAUGAAGAAGAAGCAGAAUUGUAACUUUCAUCACCACAAUGGCUCGGCCUCAGUGGGCUGAACUUUGGCUCAGUAUUAUACUCGAGAGUCUAUUUAGGUAGUCAAUAUUUUUUGGGAUCAUUGUAUACUCGAGAACUGUAGGUACAUAAUCAAGUGCCUAACCAAUUUUACUGAUAAUUGAUCAAUUGGUGGAUAUAGGGGAAAAAUUACUCAAGAGCAAUCCACACUAUACUCAAGAACAUAAAUGUGAUCUCAAUAGUUCCUAUAUUGUUUAGUACAUAUUAACACAAAUGUUUAAUUUUAAAAACUGUACAUGCAAAUAUAUUCAUUUUAUUUAUA